AUGCCUCCUGUCCGCACAUCCCGCAAUCGCAAACCACCCCCAGCCGGCUUUGACGAUAUCGAAGACACACUCCUAGAAUUCAGCAAUAAAAUGAAAGAUGCUGAGAAUGCGCCGCACGAAGGAAAAAAGAAGCACGAGGUUCUGUGGCCCAUCUUCCAAAUCAGUCACCAGCGAUCAAGAUACAUCUACGACCUGUACUACGAGAAAGAAGCGAUAUCGAAACAGCUAUAUGACUGGCUUCUCAAGAACAACUAUGCGGAUGCCAACUUGAUCGCAAAGUGGAAGAAGCAGGGUUAUGAAAAGCUUUGCUGCUUGCGCUGUAUACAGACGAAGGAGACGAAUUUUAAUGCCACAUGCAUCUGCCGCGUGCCCAAGGCCCAGCUCAAAGAGGAUCAAAUGAUACAAUGUGUUAGUUGUGGGUGCCGAGGCUGCGCGAGUAGUGAUUAG